CUGUUUUUUCCUUUCUAUUUUUUUUUUUUUCUACAUCCAGUUAAAACUUAAAGCCCUAUUUAGUAUUAAGAAGAAGAGGAGCUUAAUCCUGCUCUUGCAUUGUAAUCAUCCCCUUUUAUUUUAUCUACAUGUGAAAAAUCUGGUUUCUUGUGUGAAAUGAAUCUUCAGAAAAGUGUCAGAAUGAUUUUAUCGUACUUUAAUGCGUGUUUAUUUUAAUAUAUAUAUAUAUAUAUAUAUAUAUAUAUAUACACACACACACACUUUUUCUUGGUCUUUUUCAGUAUCCAGUUUUUUUUUUUUUAAUUUUUUUUAUGGAGUUUAAAGAAGUCCAGAUCAGAGAAGACGGGUUUGUGAAGUGGGUGAGCGUUUGCCUUUUAUAUAGCCAAAUUUCAAUUCUUGAUGGGGACUUGGGAAAAUUUCAAAGCAGCUGUCCAGGGAAAGGCUGAUUUGUAGAAGCGUGUUGUUGCGUUCAACUUUCGAGAUCUUAGUUUCUUUUUCAGGAAUCCCAGUUGAUUGCGAGGUGAAAAGUUAAGAAAAGAUUUGAUUUUGUGAACUGGGUGGUUGUUAGUUAUGGUAGAGGAUGAGAAUCUGGAAUCCUCUUGUGGUGAGGAGGCUUUGGAGGAAGAUGAACCCAGACAAGGAGGGUUCUGUGACUUUUUUUCUACUCCAAUUUAUUGGUUCAAAAUGCUUGCCAGUGAGACACAUUCGAGUUUUGUGUUUGGUGUGUUGACUGUCUAUGGAAUAAGCCAGGGACUGGGAGGAGCUUUUAGUCGCGUUGGCACUGAGUAUUACAUGAAAGAUGUUCAAAAGGUGCAGCCUUCGGAGUCACAAAUUUAUCAAGGAAUUAUUUCAAUUCCUUGGCUUGUCAAGCCUCUAUGGGGCCUGCUUACAGACGUUCUUCCUGUCUUGGGGUACCGCAGGAGGCCAUAUUUCAUUUUAGCUGGAUUGCUCGGUGUGGUCUCCAUGCUUUUGUUGUCAUUGAAUGAGAACCUGCAUCUUGUAUUUGCUUUGCUGUCAUUGACAGCUGGAAGUGCUGGUGUAGCAAUAGCAGAUGUGACCAUAGAUGCCUGUGUGGCUCAAAAUAGUAAUACUCAUCCUCAUCUUGCGCCUGACAUGCAAAGCUUGUGUGCUUUGAGUUCAUCAAUUGGAGGACUUGUGGGGUUCUCUAUCAGUGGUAUUUUUGUCCACUUGAUUGGCCCUAAGGGCGUUUUUGGCUUGCUGACAAUCCCAGCUGGAUUAGUACUUUUAGUUGGACUUCUGCUUGAUGAACCCGUAAUGGCAAAUUUUAGUUACAGACAGGUAAACCAAAAGUUUGUUGAUGCUGGUAAGGCUAUGUGGACAACAUUAAAAUUCCCAGAUGUGUGGCGACCAUGUUUAUAUAUGUAUUUAUCCUUUGCAUUGAGUGUGAAUAUUCAUGAGGGGAUGUUCUACUGGUAUACAGAUUCAAAAGAGGGACCAUCUUUCUCCCAGGAGACCAUAGGUUUCAUAUUUUCAGUUGGUUCAGUUGGAUCUCUCUUAGGAGCAAUUCUAUACCAAAAUGUUCUGAAGGAUUAUCCUUUCAGAAACCUGCUUUUCUGGAGUCAGUUGCUAUUUGGUUUGUCAGGCAUCCUAGAUUUGAUAAUGGUGCUGCGACUGAACUUGAAAUUUGGCAUACCAGAUUAUGUCUUCAUUGUGAUUGAUGAGAGUGUCUCUCGGAUGAUUGGAAAUCUCAAGUGGAUGCCUCUUCUUGUGCUCAGUUCCAAGCUUUGUCCCCGUGGUAUUGAAGGCACUUUCUUUGCUCUCCUCAUGUCAAUUGAUAAUGUGGGACUUCUAACAUCUUCUUGGGGAGGAGGCCUUCUACUUCAUUUAUUGGAUGUCACUCGUACAAAGUUUGAUAACUUGUGGCUGGCCAUUAUAGUACGGAGCAUUUUGAGAGUCAGUCCACUGUGUCUGAUAUUUUUGGUUCCCAGAGGUGAUCCCAAUGCUUCUGUACUUCCAAGUGAAAUCUUAGGUACAAAGGAGAGAAAUGAAACUCCAGAAAAUGAGAAUAUCGAGUUGGUCUCCCUCGUAAGCCGUGUUGAUGGUAAAUAGCUUUAACAACAUUGCUGACUUGAAAUUUGAAUCCAUUGCAAGCGGCAUUUAUGGUAAAUAGCUUUAACAAGAACAUUGACAGUAAAUUCGAUCAAGUUUAAUUGAUGCAAAUAUGGAGGUCAAAGCCAAAGUCUUCUUGAGACAAUAUUGACAGUAGCUAAUCCAAAGAGAGGAACCUGGCGGGGUGGCGCCAUUUAUAAUUGUUGCAGGAAUAUUUUCCAAUCGUCUUUACUGAAUUUCUAUAGAUCAUUCAUGUGAUAAAACUGAGUUCACUGUUAGUUCUGGAAUGUGAAGGAAGAAAAAAAAAAUGGUUCUUGUACUCUUUCAAUACCGAAUACUUGAUUUCAUUAGUAUAUGGAGGACUCAUGAUUUUUUUCUU